AUGGCAACACAGACCUCUGGCGGCAAUGCCGCUUUCAAGAACUUUCACAACCAGUUCGCCCACAUCCAGGACCCCAACGAGCGCCGCCGCCUCGCACUGGCUGAGAUCGACAAGGCACCCUUCGGCUGGUACCAUGUCCGCGCCGUCGUUGUUGCUGGAAUAGGCUUCUUCACUGAUGCCUAUGAUAUCUUUGCCAUCAACUUAGCUAGUGCUAUGUUGGGUGUUGUCUUCUGGCUCGACGCAAAAGACAAGCCCGGCAAAAUCCCUUCAAGUGCAGACACUGCCAUCAAGGUCGCCACCUCUGGUGGUACUGUAAUCGGCCAGAUAGGCUUCGGCUGGCUUGCUGAUGUUGUUGGGCGAAAAAAGAUGUACGGCCUUGAGUUGAUGAUUAUUAUCUUUGCAACUCUGGCACAGGCAUUGUCAUCCGAUUCCCCUAGUAUGUCCAUUGUUGGCCUCUUGAUCUUCUGGCGAGUCAUAAUGGGAAUUGGAAUCGGGGGCGACUAUCCCCUUUCUUCAAUCAUUACUUCUGAGUUCGCGACCACGAAAUGGCGAGGCGCGAUGAUGGGUGCCGUCUUUGCCAUGCAGGGAAUUGGCCAGUUCGCAGCGGCCAUGAUUGCGUUGAUUGUUACCUCUGGCUUCAAGGAGUCUUUAAAAACAGCAUCCAAAGAAAGUCAGUGCUCUGGUGCUUGCCAGGUUGCCGUGGAUAAAAUGUGGCGGGUCGUAAUUGGAUUCGGCGCCGUUCCAGGCUGUAUUGCUUUGUACUAUCGUUUAACCAUUCCAGAAACUCCGCGAUAUACCUUCGACGUUCAGCAAGAUGUUAUUAAGGCCUCUGAAGAUACGAAAGCCUAUAUGCAAGGUAAAGCAGAAGGCAAUCCGGAUGAGAUCCAGCGUGUUGCUACAUUGGAGCAAAGCCGCAAGGAUCUUGAGGUGCCAAAAGCAAGCUGGUCAGAUUGCUGGGCUCAUUAUAGACAGUGGAAGCAUGGAAAGGUUCUUCUUGGAACUGCAGCGUCUUGGUUCUUCCUUGACGUCGCUUUCUAUGGGCUUGGACUGAACAAUUCAAUUGUUCUUUCUGCGAUUGGCUAUACUGGAGGCAACAACAUGUACGAAAUCAUGUUCAACACUGCCGUGGGAAAUUUGAUCUUGGUUUGCGCGGGCGCAAUCCCAGGAUACUGGGUGACCGUCUUUACCGUAGACACCCUUGGCCGGAAGCCUAUUCAAAUCAUGGGCUUUACAAUGCUCACGAUCCUAUUCAUCAUUAUUGGUUUCGCGUACGACAAACUCCUUCACUCACACAACGGCCUUCUUGCGUUAUAUGUGCUCGCCCAAUUCUUCUUCAAUUUCGGCCCUAACGCGACGACAUUCAUUGUUCCGGGAGAAUGCUUCCCAACACGAUACAGAUCCACGUCCCACGGCCUCAGCGCUGCGUCCGGCAAAGUCGGAGCCAUUAUCGCGCAGUGUGUGUUUGGGCCUCUUGUUUCCCGCGGCGCGAAGCCGGGAUCUUCAGAAAAACCCUUUCUCAAGCACGUGAUGCAAAUCUUUGCGUUGUUCAUGCUGUGCGGGCUCUUGACUUCAUUCCUCAUCCCAGAAACCAAAAGGAAAACAUUGGAAGAGCUGGCUGGGGAAGUUCCUGGAACACCUAACUACGACCCUGUCAUGGCCGGCCAUACCCAAAGGCCGCGAGCUCCGGCCGCUGAAAAAGGCAAAACUGCCUCCGAGCCUGCUUCCCCCGAACUUGACCCGAAGGAUAAGCAUUCGACUGCCGUUUAA